GGUAUGUACAGCGCCUAAAUCCAUUUUGUUGGUAUAUUUUGUCUAAGUGUGUGCUUUCCUUCUAUUGAGCAUUAAAAGUUCACGCCCAACAACAAAAAGAGCAGCAGCGGCGGCAGCGUUAAGCAUAAUAACUGGGUACUAGCGAAAACGAGUGAGUUUAUCAGAGCUCAGCCAGAGUGGUAAUAGCGGCAGCAUCAGCGGCUAUCGGUGUGCGAAGUGUAAUAAACGAAAGUAGAGUCAAAUCAGCAAGGCGACAGUGUGUGCCAGUCACCGGUCAACAGUCACCAACACCACCGCCAAAUACAACAACCAUUAGCUAGCAACAAAACAGUUGCUUUUUUACUUACUUACUUACUGCUCUUAUAUUAAAUCUUAGUUCUCCGCAAUUGCAAGUGCAAUUGUAUGCGCACAACAACAGCAACAAUAACAGCAAGAAAAACAGUCAUAUACAACCAGCUACAACUGGACAAUCAGUUCAUAAAGUAUAGCACUUGGAACUGAAUCUUCAAAAAGAAAAACACAAAUCAAAUAAAUUCUUCAAUUGUUGUGCAAGUGUUUGUGUCUAAAACGAGCGAGCAGAGUCAGCGUGUGUUGUUGUUAUUGGAGUUAUUGAAACAGCGGAACUCUCACUCACGUGCAUUUUUUUGUAUUGAAUUUGCUAUUCGCUUAAAUUGAAAUUGAAAGCCAACAGUUAUUUGCAAAUUUUCUUCGGUGUUCUUCUAUCAACGAGUUGUGUUACAAAGAAUAAACUGUUAUUAUAAACUUCACUGUUCUCUAAAUUUCUGAAACGUCAACAACGCAUAAACCAAAUACAACAACAACAACAUUCAAUUACAAUAAUCGGCAAUAAAGCCCCCGUGAUUGCAACCAGACGCCUAAUUAUUGCGCGAGCGGUGCUAAGAAGUGGUGAUAAAUUUAUAAAAAGGCGUAGGCAAAGUUAGCAAAGUCGUUGCAGAAGCGCGCAUACAACAAAAAACAGAGCAGUUAUUGAAACAAAACAACUACACUACUAAUAAAGCAAAUCAACUAAAGUACAGGAACAAACAACAACCACAAAACAAACAAUGGAACGUGAAUCCAAUCCAAUGCAACCUAUGUGCCGCUCCGGUUGCGGUUUCUACGGCAAUCCAGCCACCGAUGGUCUCUGCUCCGUGUGCUAUAAGGAUUCUUUGAGAAAAAAGCAACAACCACCUGUUAGCAGCACACCUGUAUCAGUUCCAAGCCCACAGCCAAGUCCCACAUUCAAUCCAGCCAUCACAAUAACCAAUACAGCACAGCCGACAGUGCAAAGUUUACAGCUGCAGCAUAAUGAAAUAAAAGAGAAAAUAAACGAAGAAAGCGCAGCUAAGACUAGCACCGAAGCUGCUGCCGUUGCCGGUCCAUCAACAUCCUCCCAAACAGCCGAAGAUGAUAAAGACAAGGAGGAAGACAAAGAUGCAAAAAAGAAAAAGAAUCGUUGCGCUGAAUGCCGCAAGAAAGUUGGUCUUACAGGUUUUCAGUGCCGAUGUGGUGGACUCUACUGCGCUGUACACAGAUUGCAGCGACAAACACGACUGCACAUUUAACUAUCGGGAACAUGGGGCCCAAGAAAUUCGACGCAAUAAUCCUGUGGUAGUUGGCGAAAAAAUACAAAAAAUUUGAA